AACAAAAAGAUAGUCAUAGGAACAAGAAGGGAAAAACAUAAAUUGUAGGAGGCAGAGAGAGAGAGAGAUGUUGUUUUUGGUCUCUUGGUCUUAUCGAUAGAAUUCAAAUCAAAAUAAAAUCAAAUCUUAACAUUGAUAAUUAUACUAAACAUCGUGCAUGUACAUAAACAUAAUAAUAAAUUAGAGAGAAAAUCUUAUAAAAAAAAUUAAAAGAAAAAAAAAACGGUGAAGGUGUUAUGGAGAAGAACAAAGCUUCAUCUAUAUUUUUGGCAUUCUUGAUUUUCUGUUUCUUCUCAAUUUCACAGGCUAUAUGGAUCUCUUUACCUGCCUCAGGUACCAAAUGUGUUUCUGAAGAAAUUCAACAUAACGUUGUUGUUUUGGCUGAUUAUGUUGUUCUUCAAUUUGAUCAAUCAAGCCACCCCACUGUUGCUGUCAAGGUGACAUCACCAUAUGGAAACAAUCUUCACCAUAAUGAGAAUGCUACAGUUGGUAAUUUUGCCUUUACAACUCAAGAGAGUGGUAACUACCUUGCAUGCUUCUGGGUUGAUAACCACCAUGGAGGUGUAGCUGGAGAUGUCAAUUUGAAUCUUGAUUGGAAAAUUGGAGUUGCAGCCAAAGAUUGGGAUUCUGUUGCUAGAAAAGAGAAGAUUGAGGGAGUAGAGCUUGAGUUGAGAAAGCUGGAAGGAUCAGUGGAAGCCAUCCAUGAGAAUUUGAUUUAUCUUAAGGGCAGGGAAGCAGAGAUGAGGACAGUGAGUGAAACAACAAAUGCAAGAGUGGCAUGGUUUAGUAUUAUGUCCUUGGGAAUCUGCAUUGCAGUUUCAGUUUUGCAGUUGUGUCAUUUGAAAAGAUACUUCCAGAAGAAGAAGCUUAUUUAGAUGCUGCUAGAGUGCUUGUUCAAAUUUAAAGAUGAAAUUUGAUGACUUGGAAUAUUUUUAUCACCUUUACUACUUCUUCACAUGUAGCAAAAAGAAAUUUAUAUACAUGUAUUUUGCAAGAGUUUUUCCAACUUUUUUAUCCACAAAUUUUGAUAUAAGGCAUUAAAGUGGGUAAGAUGAUCAAUGAUAAUAAAAUACAUUUUUUAUGUCAA